GGGGUGGUAAAAGACUACAGAAUCUAUGCAACUGUUGGUGGCAAAGAGAUUGAGGUGGAGGUAAACCUGCGAAACAGCCUCUGGAGAACACGCCAAGUCUUCUUUUACCUUGGAUUUACCAUUAGAGGUCCAGUAGCCUUUGGCAUCCAGACGAAAACUGCAGAAAAAGAACUGGAUAGUGUAAAACCUGGGCCAACUAAACCAGAACUGUUUGCCUCGACUGGUACCACUAGAGGGCCUUCUGAUGGGUUGAGGUUUGGAGCUUGUUGCACUAAAAUGAACUCCGGUGAUUUGACUAAACUUCAACCUGAAGUCAUCAAACAGGAUAAAGUUCACAUCUAUAGCCUGCAUUCUGAAGCAGGUUACUAUGAAUGCAGUGUGUCCUUUCUGCGAUGGAUUUGUAAGGAACACAUCAGCCUCACAUACCGGUUUUGCUCAUGGGAGGAAUACAGGGAGAGGCCUUCAUGUAAGGAUUACAUGCCAGCAGGGCCCCUACUAGACAUCGCAGUCACAACUGGAAAGUUGGAAGAAAUGUAUCUCCCACACUGGAUAGACUAUGACUCUACAAUGUCAGACAUGUUCGCAGCUCUACAUGUUGACAGCUGUGGAGAUUUUGUGGAACAAGUGUCUGAAGUGACAUCAUCCCACAUCAAGUUAUGCCAGCCAACUUUCACACCAUGGGGGGCCAUGAUCUUGAUGAAACUCGGGUUCCGAGUAAAUGUUUAUCGUGACAUACUAAUAUACAAAACAAACAACGAAUUCCUCACACUGCAUGUUUACUUAGUCCCACCAGAUCGUCAUCUACAAAAGGAAGUGAAGGAAACGGAGACAUCCCUUGGCUCAACAAUAAUCCAAAAGCCAAACCCAGAGAUGUCUCUUCAAAUGGAGGAUCAUUUCUUCCUCACAGCAGACAUGGACACUGCUGAAAUUUCCCCUAAAAAGUUACAGCUCACAAGUGAAAGGAGAAAUUUUUUUGAGGUGUUCAUCAGAAAUGCAGAGAAUGACUUUUGCCUAAAACUUGAGAGUGAGCAAACGAAAAAUGUCAUCUGGACCAGCACCAUUAGAAAAGGGGACUACCAAAAGCAAAGCACUGAUCAUGAACAAGCUUCAGAUCAGCAUUUUGUGGAUCGCCAUCGGAUAGCUCUGAUAACCAGAGUGAGCGAUACAGAAUCCAUCCUGGAUAGACUUCGGCAAAGAGACUUAAUCUCAGAGGAGACCUACAAUGAUGUGACAGCUUUAACAACAAAACAAAAACAAAUGAGGAACAUUUUCCGGGUCUGUACUACCCGAUAUGCCAAAGAUGCUCUCUUGGACAUCCUUAAAGGCAUGAAGAGUAUGAAGGCUCUCCUACGUGACCUUGAGGAGACUGAAUAAAAGACCAAACAUAAACAUAAAGUAAAAAGAAGUGCUGUAACUUUGAACCCUAAGGGGACGUCGAUCACUGAAAGCACAAAAGCCAAUGUGAAAUUUGAUGAUGAAGAAUUCUGACAGUGCAUGUUUGUUUAACUAUAACUUUAUCAUUGAAUAUAAAAAAUACAAUCUAAGCAACACAGAAAGUUGACAGGGUAAUAUGAUUAUGACUGGACUGGACGGUAAACUCCUUGCAUAGUAGUAUCAAAGCUAGCAACAACAACAAUUAACUGAUUAAAAAGACGACUGUACCCUGGGAACAACACCUACCUACCUGACCCUUUGGACGUUCACAACAGCUUUGGAUGCAUUAAGAAUUGUUCAUUGUACUUUCUGAUGAUUAUUUUUUUACUACUUAGUCAUUAAAAGUUGGAGGUGGAGAGAAAGAUGUUGGACAAAAAUAGAUGGACUCAUUCAAAAGGACACUUCUGAUAAAAAGAGUGACUUCAUUAAGGAAGUUAAGCUUCUACAACUUUGGUCAUUUACAUAGUUUCUAUUUUAGCACAUUGUUUAUAGGUUUAAUGAAACAUGUCAAAUAUAUAAAAAAAUAUAUAAAGAACACAAAAGACUAUGCAACAUACAAAGAAACUUGUGCAAAAUGAUUAUAUAUUCUUCUAACAUUAUUGUCAUAUCUCUCUUUUGAUGUAAACGACACACUUAAAUAUUGUUUCAAUUGUAUUUUUUUAUUAUUAUUUGUUUUUUGGAGCUUUUAAAAGUCGAUCUGUCUUCAUCCAGCUAGAAUCUGAGCAGAGCUCCACCUACAGUAUCAAAGAAAAUAGUUUUUUUUAGGGAUGUUCUAUGAUGUUUUGCUGUAAUAUUCUUGACUUGAAGUCUUUGAACAUGUUAGAAUUGUAUCACUAAUUUAAUCAAUCACAUUUAAGAUUUGUUUGUUUUCUUUGUGCAAUUGAAAACCUAACAGGGUCCCUUAAUAGAUGUGUCCAAGCACAGUUUUUAGUAGUUCUAUGAAGAGUUUUAAUAUAAAAUGGAUGAAUUGUUUUAAUCCUGUCAUUGAUUUUCUUUCCUGUUACAUAUAUUUUUCAUUAUUAUCUUGUAGCUAUACUGACAUGACAAAAUAUGAAGAAUAAGAUUGUGUAUAUCUCGAGAGCCAUAAAAUACUUUAUCUGUACUGUGUUUUAUUUGUUUUAUUCACACAAAAUGUGAUAUGUAACGCUGUAUGUGAUACUGUGAGUCUAUCUGAGAAGAGAAUAUAGGCCGUAACUCCUUCUGGCAAAUGUAACACACAAAAAAAAUAAAAACUUACAUCAUC